AUGGAUAAUUCUGCCAAUCGCAAAAAACGCAAACUCCCAAAACGCGGAGCGCUCGAACUAAGAGAAUACUCUCCGGACAUUGACGUACCAAUUCCUGGAUCCGAAACGUUUAUAUCGCCCUCUGCGCUUGAUUCCCCCAGUUUCCCGCAAUCGCGGAGGCCUGGCAGUCCCAUUACGGUAGGCACGCCAACGGGGAGCAAGCGCGAUCGACAGUACGCAAAGCCUCUCACUAAGCCAAGCAAAAACUUUGCCGAAAGGCUACAACACGUCACUGAUCUUGGCGGAUCCGCAGAAGACGAGUUCUUAACGCAGCAUUCUAUUCUUCCGAAAUUUGACAGCGAUUCGACUACUACCCCUUCUUCUUCAUUCUUCUCCUCUCAAGCCAGUAUAAAUGAUAUCCUCGACGAAAACACCAGGCCAGAUGCCAAUGUCGAUGCCAAGGACGAAUCUAAAUACAGAGUGAUUCCACGAAAGGUAAACAACCUUGCCUUUGCCAAAAAGCUUCAUGCUGAUGUCCAAGUAUUGCCUGAAAAAAAGCUGGUGGAUACAGCCGUUCAAGUCGUAGUGAAAUCAUCAUUUACCAAUCCAUGUAUACCAAUGUCGCUGCUGCUGCCAUCAUCACCACCAAUACCACAAUUGAAGGAACCGCUACAAGACUCGCCGAAACCCCCACCGUCACCGACAACAUCGGUAUCAAGCUGUGAGAAUGGUUUGGCGGAUCUUGCCGAGAUACAACAACAACAACAACAACAACAACAGUUUAAACAGAUGCGGCAGCAAGAAAUGCAGCAACCCAUACCAAUACAAGUCUCAACAAGGAUCCAAACCAGACUUAGCAAACGGAAAAUACGAUCAAAGUCAUCAAAUACCCUGGAUGAAUUGCGAGCGGUUGGCAUGUUGGAUUGGAUAAUCAUCGGAUUAUAG